GCUCUCACUUCCGCCGCCUCAGUCAGCGCUUGUUGUGUGAGUCGCGGCUCCGACAGAAACACUCGCUCCGCUGUUUGUCCCGACACGACCCGGUUCGGCCCGAUGGAGCUGUAGAGCCGGUCCUGCCCUGUGUCCCCGCGGUUCAGCGCCUCCCUGCGGCCGUCGAAGCGCCUCUGUGAGCCGGACGCGCAGUUUGGGGCCUUGUUUGUAGCGCGCUGGCUUCGGACGCGCUCGGCUCGGUUCGGUUUGGUUCGGAUAAAGUCGGUAAUUGUCCAGGCCCGGUUGGGAAUCGGGGUUUAUUCGGACCGGUUCUUUAAUGCACCAAAGAAUAUGAGCCAGAUGCCACAAUGACCUCCAGAUUCGGUAAAACCUACAGCCGUAAAGGAGGCGAUGGCGCGUCCAAGUUCGACGAGGUUCUGUCCACCAAACGCGGGACCCUCAGCACCAAAUGGGGAGACACCAAAUACAAGGCCAAAGUGGCGUCGAAGCGCGGCGCCGGACCCAAGAACGAAGCCUGCGCCGAGGUCUGCAAGCGCCCGCGAGCCGGAGGAGACGACGAUCCGUUCGGGUUCGACAGCGACGAGGAGUCCAAGCCCGUCUCGUCCAGAGUGAAGACGCCGGAGAAACAGGAGAAGCAGACGGGAGCGGGGGCCACGUCGCUUACGCCGAGCUGGGAGAGUGUCAUGGGAAUCUCGAACACGAACACGACCACGGCUACGUCAUCGUGGGCAGACAGAGACAGAGGAGACCAGAGGAUCAACAGCAGCUCUGCAAGUUUAGGGAAGCCUCAGUGGUCGUACCCGUCCUCGUACCCGUCCUCGUACCCGUCCUCGUACCCGUCCUCGGACCCUCAGCUCAGUUACUCGUGGUACCAGAACGCGUCCGAGAGCGACCGCAAACCUUUGGCUCAAACUACCACUUUAAAAACGGGCCCCAAAGCUGACCCCGCCUCCUCCUCCGCCCCCGACCAAUGGGACGCCAUCUUCGGACUGCGCCCGCCCUCCCCCUCGGCCAAUCAGGAGCCGCGGCACACCACCCCUUCCCUGUGGGCGUCGACGGGUUACGAGAAACCGCCGUCGCCGCCGCAGACCCUCACCUCGGACAGUUCGGAGUAUUCGUCCACGCUGGUCAGAAACACGGUGUGCCGGACUUACAGGAGACCCGUUAAAAACAAAGACACUAACGACUCUGUGUUUGAGACGCUUAAAAGUGAAAGUGAAAGUAAAACGGUGGGCGCGGGGGGCAGGGGGCGGGACUACACCGUGCUGCAUCCUUCCUCUAUGUCGGCGUGUAACGUGACCAUUCAGGAGCGGACCACAGAGACGGCGCCCCCUGCAGGCGUCGCGGGCGACACGGGCGACGUGCCGUGGAGGAAGAAGACGGAACACAACUCCAGGUUCGGGGCUCCUCAGUCCAAACAGAAGCAGAGCAGGUCGGACUUGUUCGGGUUCGAGGACGACUCGGGUCAGAACCAGAACAGCUCCUCCCCCUCCGACGGCCCCGCCCCCUCAGACGGAGCGUCCAAUUACAAAAUCAAAUACUUCGGCUUCGACGACAUGAGCGACAGCGACGGAGAGGAAGGGGGCGCCAAAGAGCGGAGGAAAGCCAAGCGCAAGAUGAGACCAAACAUGGAGGAAGAGGAGAUGCAAGAGGAGCCCUGUGAGGAGGUGGAGGAGGUGGAGGAGGUGGAGGACCCCUUCGACAGAUUCGACCGUUUGGAGAGAAUGGACAGAUUUCAGACGAACGAGAAGAACGAGCGAGAGAAGAACGAGUGGACGAGAGAGAAACCAGCGGAGAACAAGAAGAACUCAGAACGACACAACAGUAACACACGAACAGAUGUGCUGGACUUCUCAGAGGAGGGCCUGAGGGUUCUGGCUGGAGCUCCGCGUCGAGCCCCUGCUCAGAGUAAAACCACAGAGAAGAACCCGGACUCUUUCAGGAGGAUCUUCAGCGCCCACAAGAAGUCUCCCACUAAAGCCGUGUACAACGCUCGACACUGGGCCGUGGACAGUGAAGAGGCUCCUCCCCCGGCGUUCCUCUGCAAACCCCCGUCUGCUCCGAGCUUGGUGCCCGGAGCGAGCAGCAGCAGCAGCAGCAGCAGCAGCAGCAGCAGCAGCAGCAGCAGUAGUGAACCCACCGAGCCUCCGCCCAAAGACGACGGCGUGUUCAAGGCUCCGCCCCCUCCGCCCAAAGUCUCCAAAUGUGUGAAAGUGUCUGCAGACCCCUGUCAGGACACGGUCACCGCCCUGCGCUGCCACAAGGAGCACAAGGAGCUGUACACGGUGGUGCAGCACGUGAAACAUUUCAACGACGUGGUGGAGUUUGGAGAAAACCAGGAAUUCACCGAUGAUUUUGAAUAUCUGGCAACCGGACUGAAGACGGGACAACCCCUGAACACACGCUGCCUCAGUGUGAUCAGUCUGGCCACCCGCUGUGCCAUGCCCAGCUUCAGGAUGCACCUCAGAGCUCGAGGGAAAGUGGCUCAGGUCUUUAAGACGCUCAACGACGCCCCCCAGCACCAGAACCUGUCCCUGUGCACGGCCGCGCUCAUGUACAUCCUGAGCAGAGACAGACUCAACAUGGAUCUGGACCGGUCCUGUCUGGACCUGAUGAUCCGGCUCCUCGAACUGGACCAGGACCAGAAGGCGGCGGUGGGCUCGGCUCAGCUCAGCGCCAGAGAGAUCGCCAAAAUAAAAGAGAAGAUCCGAAAGCUGUGUGACACCGUUCACAACAAACACCUGGACCUGCAGAACAUCACGACGGGACACUUGGCCAUGGAGACCCUCCUCUCUCUGACGUCCAAACGAGCCGGAGACUGGUUCAAAGAGGAGCUGCGUCUGCUGGGAGGACUCGACCACAUCGUAGACAAAGUGAAAGAGUGUGUGGAUCACCUGACCCAGGAGGAGGACGAGGAGCAGCUGGUGUCGUCUCUGUGGGGGGCGGAGCGUUGUCUGCGAGUGCUCGAGAGCGUCACGGUCCAUAACCCGGAGAACCAGAGCUACCUCAUCGCCUACAAGGACUCCUCCCUCAUCGUCUCCUCCGCCAAGGCCCUGAGGAGGUGCGAGCAGAUGAUUCAGCCGUACAGCAGAGAGUCGGGGUCUCAGAGGAACGUGGCCAAAGCUCUUCAGGACUGUAUGAGGGCCAUCAUCGGAGUCCUGCUCAACCUCACGCACGACAACGAAUGGGGCAGCACUAAAACCGGGGAGCAGGAGGAGCUGAUCACCACGGCUCUGAACUGUGUCCUCAAAGUUCCUCAGUUUCUGCCCCAGGAGCAAAGAUUCGACAUCAGAGUCCUGGGUCUGGGUCUGCUCAUAAACCUGGUGGAGUACAGCGCGAGGAACAGAUACGCCGUGAUGGAGAUGGAGCUGGAGGCCGGACCCUGUGAGACCACCGUGAUCCAAGGUCCAAACCACCAGGACCAGGGCCAGACCGGGACUCUGAGCGCCAUCGCCGCCCUCGUGCAGUUGUUCUUGCAGAGGGAGCGUGCGGCCGUGCUGGCGGAGGCGCAGACUGAUGACCUCAUCAAAGAGGCGCCCAAAGCUCCUCUGGACCAAAGCGGCGAGUGGCAGGAAACGGGCGGCGAGAUCCAGUGGGUCGCCAACGAUAACGCCAACGAUAACGCCAACGCCAACGACAACGCCGCCGAGAAACAGGACAAGAAGAAGAACGAGGAGGAGGACGAAGAGCUGGACCUCAACAAAGCUCUGCAACACGCAGGGAAGCACAUGGAGGACAGCAUCGUGGCCUCGUACACUGCACUGCUGCUGGGCUGCCUCUGCCAGGGCAGUUCUAUGAAUGUGACGACGGUGCGGGAGAACCUGCCCAAAGGAGAUUUCUCCAUAAUGACAGAGAUGCUCAAGAAGUUCCUCAACUUCAUGAACCUCACAUGCGACGUCGGGACCACGGGGCAGAAGUCGAUCUCCAGAAUCAUCGACUACCUGGAGCACUGCUGAAAAAACUCUUACUCUUAUUUUUUUUAUAUUUUAUUCUUAUUUCUCAGACAAACUUUAUCGACAAAACCACCAAAACAUGUUGAGCGUACGUUCCAGUUCACGGGCGUCUCCACAGCUCGGCCUCCGCGGUUUAAUCGUCCCGUUUCACACGAGGACUCGACCUGGAGCUCGCGCCGCUCGCUUUGUGUGAUCCGGGACUUUUAACCGUCUUCAGCCAAAACACGUCAUCGACCAAUCGCAUCUCCUCCAGUUUAUGCUUCCUUUCUUCGUCGAGAAGUUUCCAACGCCGCGUUACGGAGCCACAACUGUUCCACGAAGCCGCAGAGAACGUUUCCGUGACUUGAACCCGGAGCUGUGGACCUGCCCCUGAAUCCACCGUCGGGUUUCGAUCCAAACGCUUCCAGAAAGUUCAGUUACGUUUUUGAGGAGACGGGGUUUAGUUCGGAUUUUAAAACGGACGUGCCAAAAGUUUAGAAAGUGAAUUUGUUUUUGUGAUUUUAAAUCCGUGUGUCGUUUGUUCGUUCGUUUUUCAAAAUAAAAACAAAAAUAAGAAAACAAAAAAAAACAAAGAUUUUCUUCAUUAUUUGUCUCCAAAACCAAAAUGAAAAAACAGAUGAUUUGUUUUUUUCAGUUUUUUAUUUAUUUUGUGUUUAAAUAAAAAAAGGGAAAAAAAUGGAUAAUGGACUAAACCAGGUCCCGGUCUCAGUUCUGGUCUGGUCCUGGUCCCCAUCCCGGUCUCAGUCCUGUUUUAGACCUGUUUUAGUCCUGGUUUUCCUGGUUUAGUCCUG